AUGCUCAUGGGAGCUGGUGAGUUCGACUCAUUACCGUGCGAGCUAUCCGGAAAUUGCGGCUUCGACUCCUCGCACUGGGAAAUGCUCGGCAACGGAGAUAUCUGUUCUGUUCCCCUUCAGUCAUGGCAGACGUCGCAACAGAACGCACUGUCUGACACGGCAGUACCGCAAAUGGCGCUAGAUGCAUACGCCUCCCCACUUUCGUUUUCGCAGUCUUGUAACUGCGACGAAGAGGUAUCCAGUAUAGUCCGGAACCUGAGCCGUGCAAAUAUGUCGCAUGAGAUCAUCCAUACGCUACGCACGGGUGUCUCCCUCGCUGAGAGAAUACUCACUUGUCCCAUUUGCUAUGAUGUGUCCAAGCCGCCCCGCGUUACUGUUCAAAAUGUGCUUCUUAUCGGCCAUCUCAUGUUCGAGAUAACAGCGGGAUAUCAAAAGUACCUACGAUGGCUGAACACACAUUGCACAGAGCUCGACAUCAGAAAUGAGAGUAGGACGGUUCAUAUUGACUCAGGGGUUGGCAUUUCUUCGGAGCUGAGUUUGCAAAUCAGCGGUGAGAAAUUCAAGGAACUGGUCAUACAUGGCCUGCAGGCGGAUGCCGAACGUCUUUCAAUGUUUGGAAAAAAGUUUGCGCUGCGGCAGCGCAAUCGACAUAUCGUUGGCCACGAGUCUUGUCCUGAUCCGGAGGGGAGUUGCCGGAAAAAGGAGUAUGGGGUUGAUUAUGACCCGCUUGACCUUUGCCCGCAAAAUUCGGUUGCGCGAAAGUUGAUUCCUUGUUUUCGUAUCGUUGAUGAGGUUCGAGGGAUGAUUGAGCAAGUUGCUGCUGCCGUUGUGUGA